AUGGCCAAACAGAAUCGUACCACAAUGACAGAGUUCAUUCUUGUGGGCUUCACAGAUCACCCCGAACUGGCAGUUCUGCUCUUCUUCGUGUUUCUGAGUUUCUAUCUUGUCACUAUUCUGGGGAAUGUGGGACUGAUUAUUCUAAUCCAAGUGGAUGUCCAGCUCCACACCCCGAUGUACUUCUUCCUGAGCCACCUCGCCCUGCUGGAUGCCUGCUACGCCUCAGUCAUCACCCCUCAGAUUCUGGCCACGCUAGCCACAGACACAACGGUCAUCUCCUACAGCCGCUGUGCCGCCCAGUUCUUUUUCUUCACACUCUGUGCAGGCACAGAGUGUUACCUGUUGGCAGCAAUGGCUUAUGACCGCAUUGUCGCCAUUAGCAGUCCACUACGCUACAACGUGACUGUGACUCCAGGCACCUGCAGGGGCUUGUUGGCUGGAGCCUACAUCUGUGGGGUGUCGGGGGCCAUCCUAUGUACCACAUGUACCUUCAGCCUCUCCUUCUGUGAUGACAAUCAGAUCAACUUUUUCUUCUGUGACCUCCCACCCCUGCUGAAGCUUGCCUGCAGCCGCAUGAUACAAAGUGAGAUUGUCAUUCUCUUUUUUGCAAAAUUCAUGUUCCUGGCCUAUGUCAUGAUCAUUCUGAUCUCCUACAUGCUCACCAUCAGAGCCAUUCUGAGGAUGAAGUCUGCUGGGGCGCGAGCCAAGACCUUCUCCACCCACACCUCCCACUUCACCACUGUUGUCCUCUUCUUUGGGACACUUGCCUUCAUGUACCAGAGAAGUAACUCACACAAAUCCCCUGAGUAGGACAAGAUUGUUUCUGUCUUUUACACUAUAAUCAUCUCUGUGCUGAACCCCUUGAUCUACAGUCUGAGGAACAAAGAUGUAAAAGCUGCAUUCAGAAAGGUCAUUGGUAAACUCCAGUUCCCAAGGAAUGUAGCUUUAGGUGCUCCAUUACACACAAAAGGUUCACUCAUCACGAGCACCCAGAAAGAGGUUUUCUUCACCAAAGAUGGGGAGGUAGUGACAACCUUUGACGUCGAAAACAUCUACAUCCUCCCAGAUAAGACAGGACAAACAGCCAUUGUUGGACACUUUGACUUCAGAGCACCUUCUGGAAAAGAGCUUCUGAUAAAGGACAGUUUUAUUGUCUGGGCAGAAGGAUUCUUAAAGGUCCCGUCCUUGAUCUGCAAUGAAAAAUGUCCUGUGGGAACCAGGAAGUCAACCCUAUAUGAAGAAUCCAAAUGCUGCUACCUUUGCCUUCCCUGCCCCAGAGGAGAAGUUGCAAUGUCACCAGACAGUGCUUCAUGUCAGAAGUGCUCCGAGGACCAGUGGCCCAACGUGCUGCAGAGCCAACGCAUCCCCAGAACUCUCGACUUCUUGUCCUGUGGUGAGCCCCUUGGCACGGUGCUGGCCGUCUGCACAGUCCUGCUCUUCCUCCCUGCCCUGGCCAUCCUAGGCAUCUUCAUCUGGCACCACCACACCCCCAUCGUCCGAGCCAAUACCCGCCAGCCCAGCUACCUCCUGCUGUCCUCCUUGGCCCUCUGUUUCCUCUGCCCCUUCAUGUUCAUUGGCCACCCAGGCCCCUUCACCUGUGCCGUGCGCCAGCCAGCCUUUGAGGUCACCUUCACAGUCUGUGUGUCCACUGCGCUGGCCAAGACCAUCGUGGUGGUGGCAGCCUUCCAUGCCACCCGGCCAGACACUCAGAUUAGGAAGUGGGCAGGGCAAGUUCUCCCUAGCACCGUCCCCAUCAUCUGUUCCAUAGUCCAGGCAGCCUCAUGUACACCCUGGGCGGCCAGAUGGCCCCCACGGCCUGUGAACUCCACAGAGCCUAGGCCCACGGUGACUGUAAAGUGUGGAGAGGGCUCCUUGGAACCGUUCUACACCAUGCUUGGCUACUUGGGUUUUCCAGGUCUGCUCAGCUUGCUGGUGGCCUUUCCCGCCCGCCGGCUGCCUGACACUUUCAAUGAAGCAAAGCAUAUCACUGUCAGCAUGUUGGGCUGCUCCUACGUCUGGGUGUCCUUCAUCCCUGCCCACAUGAGCGCCCGCGGCAAACACACAGUGGCCGUGGAGGUCUUUGCCAUCUUGGCAUCAGGAGCAAGCCUAGCGUCCUGCCUCUUCUUCCCCAAAUGCUACAUCAUCCUUCUCCUCCCUGGAAAGAACAUAAAAGAACAAAGGUUUGGCCGACCCUGUCUCAAGUGA